AGGGCACAAUCGGAUACAGAAUCCAUUCCACAUCAAUCAAUGACUGGAAGCCUCGCCAGGCUGCACUGCAAACCUUGGAACUUCGUUUCUCAAUCCGCCUCCUUCUUCACGCAGCGUUCCUUCCGAGCCUUGCAGAUUUCCUUAUACCUCAUUAUCUUUCCUCUAUUUGACGUUACCUAUCGCUCAUCGCCCAUCGCUCAUUGCAAGGCGCAUGGAGUCUCGCUCCGUUUCAAUUUGAUAGCGGACCCAUCGCCAACCACAUAUCCUCCACGAUGCGUCCGCUUCGCUUUCUACUACUGCUCGCUUUCUUCAUCGCUCUACCAAUAGCACUGACCUGCUGGUCUUUACUCAAAUCAUCGGAAAGUGCCGCGGACGCCCUUCAGGCCGGCUACGAUACCCGACCAAGAGGCAUCAGGGCCUUAUUUUCCUUUUCUACACCCUCUGCACUCUUCCCACCUUCCGCCAUCAUCAGCCUGACGAACGACAAUUCAACCUUCUUCCUUGCCAGGCCAGCAGCGUUUGGACCGGGUCUCCCAUCAAAGGGUCUUAGCGGUCAAUUGUGGGUUGGCAAAGGAUUUGGAGAUGAUGCACUAUUGAAAGAGGAGAAUAUCCAUGUUGUGGGUUGGGAAUUGGGGUGCUCUGACGUGCCGGGUUGGGCAGAUGAGGCAUCGAAGCGUGUGCAGAACCUCCCGCAGGUUGAUCAGAAUGAAAAAGCAGUCAAGGGGCGCCGUGAUCUGGAUCACGCAGCCAUGUCAAAUGAAGCAAGCGUCGACGGGUCAGACGUUCUUUCCGAUGACACUCUCCUCCCCGACGAUGGAACGGACGAUUACCUUCAUCGGCCGUUGCCUGACUCCAAUCCUGCCACACCCGCUCAGCCUGGCGAGCCUGCAAAUAUCGAUAUAGCCGACAAGAACAAGAAGGCGACUCAUGCAGAUAUUGAGUCAUUACAAGAAAGCGCCGAUAUUGCAGGGAAGAUCGUCAUGGUCAGCCGAGGCGGGUGCGGAUUCUUGGAAAAGGUCAAAUGGGCUCAGCGACGUGGAGGGGUGGCUCUCAUUGUGGGAGAUAACGAACGUGGAGCCGCAUUGACUAUCAUGUACGCGAAAGGCGAUACAUCGAACGUGUCAAUACCAGCAAUCUUCACGUCCUACACGUCAGCGCAUCUUCUCUCUUCCCUUGUCCCGCCGGAGUCGGGUGAGGAUGAGGACGGGUCUCCGAAAGAGCCGGACAGGCCCUCUAAGGGUGCUCCAAACCACGACAAGCAUGCGAACCACAAACAGCAGGGCAACAAACCAGUCUUCACUUCUACCAAAACAGGAGCACGACAACCUACCAUGGUCCCUGCUGGCGAGACUGACGAAACAACUGAAGAGACGUGGCUGGGUAAUGUUCUCUCCGCAAUAAGACUGAACGAGAAUUCCCCGUUCGGCCACGCUGAAGACAGCCGCCGGCCACCUAGCAGUGGCAACAUUGACUGGGUUUUGUUGGAAGACUGGGACGAGGAAGCAGCUCCGAAAUCAACCAACAAGGCGAGCAUGGCGGUCAAUCCUGCCACAUUAUCGACCUCAACACUCAAAGCUCAAUCAACGAAGUCAAAACGUCCUGGCGAAGAUGAUUUUGUGAUCGGAGUACAGGAUUGGCGCGACACUGAUCUCGUGGCUCCGAAAGCUAUCAGUAGCUCGACCAAUGUGCCUGCUAACGGCAAGAACGUCCCGUUAGAAUCUGCUUCUACCAUCAAAGGCACAGAUGUCCCGGAAGAGACAUUGAAAGGUGGAAGCAUUACUCCUGGUAGUGGUGAAUACGACCAUGUCAAGUCUGAUCACCGAAGUCCGCGAGGGAGAGCAUCUUCCAAGCAACACUCAAAUCAUGAGAAAAGUCAGCAUGGAAAGCAGUCGUCCGACGACUCCUGGCUCGACGUGUUCAGGUCAAGUAAAUCAGAGAAACAUGCUCCCAAAGCAGCAGCAUCUAAGAAACAGAAGCGCCCUGGGAGUAAUGUGAAGGACCACGCGGCGCCACCAAAAGAGGAGGAGGAGCAUCCGGGACUCUGGGUGACACUGACGCCAACCAGCGUGUCCACAAGCCCCUUCUUUGACACCCUGCUUGUCCUUGUCGUAAGUCCACUCGUCACUCUGACAGUGGUCUACGCAUUGCUACUGUUGCGGUCGCGCAUCCGGCGACGAAGAUGGCGAGCACCCAAGUCGGUGGUAGAUCGCUUACCUGUUCGCACCUACCACACAAUGUCUACAGCGUCGUCAACAACUUCCUCGCAAGUCGCAUCGCCGGCUUCCUCCUCACCGGCGUCGCCUCUACUGGUGUCGACAUCACAGAACGUAUCACAGAGACCUCGGCCUCGGUCACAAACGACGAACGGCGUGUUCUCCUCUUCAGCGCCUGCAGAUUCGUCGAUGUCAAGCCCUCAACCGACGUCAACGGAGAAGCCGCAGUCGCCCGCAGCGGCAGCCAAACCCACCAACGCCAAGCGGAAGCGAUAUACUGGACGACAAGUCGAGUGCGUGGUCUGUUUGGAAGAGUACGUCGACGGUGAGAGUAAAGUCAUGUCUUUACCGUGUGGUCACGAGUUCCACGCCGAGUGUAUUACGCCCUGGCUGGUAAAUCGGCGGCGCACGUGUCCAAUCUGUAAAGGCGAUGUCGUCCGCAGCCUGGCGAGAGGCGAGGACGAGACUCUCGAGAAUGAGCAGACGAGCGACGACGUGCAGGAUCGAGUCGCGCAGACUGUCAAUGAAGAGCCGAGUGCUGCGAUACCUAUUCCUUCGGGGAAUGACCGGAGGGCGAACGAAGAUGUCGAGCGCGGACAGGCUGCUGACGCGCCUUUGCUGGGCGAAGGCGAAGGCGAAGGUGAAGACAGGACUGUCCGGCAGCAGGAGGGUGAGGUCGCUCGGCAGUCUGUUUGGAGGAACAUUAGCGCCAGUGUCAGUCGGCUUAGUGGUGACACGCUUUGGAGGCAGACUCCCGUGGACCGGAACAGAUGAGUCUGUCCUCUUUUAAUGACAACUAUGUGUUUUGCAUGCAUGGAGUUAUGGAGCAUCUUUGGGCUGCAGACUUGUCCUCUCAACUUGAUAGCCUGCUGUAGUCAACGAGGCAUUGCAUGGGUGAAUGAUCCAUAAUC